AUGGCGCCCAAAAUUCCAGGGAUGGCCUCCCUGCAGAACUUUACGACCAAGACGCCCUCGAAGAAGAUGCAGUGUGGCGACAUCACCGAUGGUCUGAAGAACGAUCUGAUUAUCCGUGCCGCGCGUGGUGAAAAGACGGAGCGCACGCCGGUGUGGGUCAUGCGCCAAGCCGGGCGCUACCUGCCCGAGUUCCGCAAGCUGCGUGAGGAGCACGAAUUCUUCGAGUGCUGCCGCACGCCGGAGCUCGCGUCGGAAAUCACCAUCCAGCCGAUCCGCCGCUACGAAGGCCUGAUCGAUGCUGCGGUGAUUUUCUCCGAUAUCCUCGUGGUGCCGCAGGCGAUGGGCCUCGAGGUCGAGAUGGUCCCUGGCAAGGGCCCCAGCUUCCCCAACCCCCUAGUCUCGCCCAAGGACUUUGACCGUCUGAAGAAGGUCGACGUGCACCGCGAUCUCGGCUACGUGAUGGAGGCGAUCAAGCUUACGCGCCACAAGCUCAACGGACGCGUGCCCGUCAUUGGCUUCUGCGGUGCCCCGUGGACGCUCAUGGCAUACAUGAUCGAGGGCGGCGGCUCCAAGUCGUGGGACAAGGCGAAAAAGUGGCUGUUUGACCACCCCAACGAGAGCAAGGUGCUGCUCGAGCGCAUCGCCUCGGUCUGUGCCCAGUUCCUUGUCGCGCAGAUCCAGGCCGGCGCGCAGCUCAUCCAGGUCUUUGAUUCGUGGGCCGGCGAACUGACGCCGGCGGACUUCCGCACCUUUGCGCUGCCCUACCUCAAGUCGAUCGCCGUGGAAGUGCGCGACACGCUUGCGUGCACCUCGACGUGCGCCCCCCCGAUGAUCGUCUUUGCGAAAGGCGCGCUUGGCCACUCGAUGAACGAGCUGAUCAAGUCGGGCUACGACGUGAUCGGCCUCGACCACACCGUCGAGCCGAUCACCGCACGCAAGGCCGUCGAGGACUGCCUGCUGACCUCGGGCAAGUUUGCCGCGUCGGCGGGCAACCGCGAAGCGGGCCACCGCAUCGCGCUGCAAGGCAACCUCGACCCUGCGGUGCUCUACGCAUCACCCGCCGUAAUCGAGGAGCGCGUCGAGCGCAUGCUGCGCGGCAAGUCGGGCUUUGGCGGAUCGGGUGCGCUGAUCUGCAACCUGGGCCACGGCAUCACGCCCGGCGUGGACCCCGAGAACCUCGGUGUGUUCCUCAAGGCUGUGCGCCGGAUCUCGAAGGAUAUCCAGGCGUCGGACUCGUAG